AUGAGUCUUCAAAAUAACUUGGUAUUCGUGGAUGAAUGUGGAAAAGAGUUAGAUGAAAGUGACAUCAUAAAACUUAUAGGGGAUUGUGACAGUGACAGUGAUUGUGACUUGUUUGAGGAGAGUGGUUGGAGUGAUGAUGAUGAUUUGGAAGGGAGCAGAAUUCAAGUGAGUAAUAAGUCUAAUACGCCUAUUGAUUAUGAGACCACAGUUUCCCCAGAACAUAAUACUAAUUGUGUUAGGCCUAGGCCAUUAGAAAGUGACCAGUUGUUGCUUGAACAGCCUUCUUGCAGCUAUGCUAGGCCUAUGACCCCUCCAGAUGCCCUUACUGUCCAAUAUAAUUCAGAUUUGUCUAGUAGGCCUGAAAUAUUUGACCAGCUUGCAUCUUCAAUCGUGCCUGCCCUCUCACCUACACCGAGUGAGGAAGCUGACGACCCUAGCUUUCCUGACCCUAGGCCUAAAAGUAAACCUGUUAGGGGCAGGUCUAGAGGAAGAGGUAGGCCUAUAGGAAAAAAAGCUAUUUCACAACCAUCUAAGCCUACUAAAAGGUCCAAAACUCAAACUAGUAACGAUACAGCUCCACCAAAAAAGAAGAAAAAGGAGGGUUGGCAGUGGACCAGUACCAUAGAAAGUAAUAUAAUAAAUAAAAUCCCUUUUACUGGUUGUCCUGGUGUUAGAGCAAGUUUGGCUAGAAGUUUAGGCUCAGCUCCCUCUGAAUUAGAUGUUUUCAAUGCGUUUCUUGAUAAUGACUUUUGGCAACAUGUUGCAACAGAGACUAAUAAUUAUGCCAAAGAAACAAUUAAGAAAAAGAACGAAGCAGGCGGGGUAGGAAAAACUAUAUACUCAGAAUGGUUUGACACAACUGCAGAUGAGAUGGCUUGUUUUUAUACACUGUGUGUCCUUAUGUCGCUUGUAAAAAAAAGAACCAUACAAUCAUACUGGUCGCCUAAUGCUGUAACUGAGACCCCUUUUUUUCGUAAAGUGAUGCCAUUCCGCCGUUUUUUGCUACUGUCCACAUUUUUCCACCUUACAGACAAUAAUAGGAAACCUGUGAAUGAUAAACUGUGGAAGUUAAGGUACGUUAUUGAGUACAUGAACAGGAAGUUUUCCCAUCUGUACAUACCUGAUGAAAACAUAGCUGUCGAUGAGAGUCUUAUGAAGUUCCGAGGGAGGUUGGGCUAUGUCCAAUUUAAUCCCAAGAAGAGAGCCAGAUUUGGCAUAAAGUUUUACAAGUGUUGUGAAUCUGGAAGUGCUUAUUGUUCUAAAUUUAAGAUCUAUACUGGAGCUGAAGUCAAAGAAAAUGUACCAGUUGAAGAAGGAAGUGGGGAUUCUACACAGGAGGAAAAGCUGUUAACGAGUGAGGCGAUAGUCGUUGAAAUGACAAAAGAUUUGGCAGGAAAAGGACAUACUCUGACAAUUGAUAAUUGGUACUCCUCACCUCUUCUCUUCUAUAGACUUAAGCAAAUAGGUUUCAAUGUAAUUGGAACAGCUAACUGGUGGAGAUCAAACAUGCCAGAGAGCUUCAAAGAGGGUAAACUUAAGUUGGGCGACUACGAGACAGCCUAUAGCCACGAUAUGUUAGCAGUAAGGUGGCAGGACAAGAAGCAAGUUUGCAUUUUGUCUACCUUUCAUCAAAAAGCUGACAAAAGAUCAACUGGCAAGAAAGACAGAGUUACCCAAGAAAUUAUAACAAAGCCAGAACCAGUGAUCUACUAUAAUCGUUCAAUGGGUGGAAUUGACCGCGAGGAUCAGCAAUUAGCGUCGUUUCCUAGUAUGAGGAGGUAUGCUAAGGGAUACAAGAAGAUCUUCUUUUACAUAAUGGACAUUGGCCUUUUUAACUCUUAUGUAGUGUUCAAAAAAUUAACCAGAAAAAAAUUGGGGUUCAGUGAGUUCAAGGAGAGGUUUGUCAAGCAAAUGUUUGAGUCGCGACAACUGCCACCGUACAAUCGAAGAGGACGAUCAUCCAACUCAGAAACACCUCUGAGGCUCCAGGCAGCAACUUGGGGACAUUUUCCUAGGCCUAUUCCUCCAAAUGAAGUCAAACAAACACCUUCAAGAAGAUGUAAGGUGUGCAGUGCCCAGGGAAAGCGCAGUGACAGCCGAUGGGAGUGUGAGCUCUGCCUUGUCGCACUUCACAUGCCAGAGUGUUUCAAGGCAUACCACACCAAAAUGAACUUUGCUUGA